AAUUUAAUCGGCGAAGGUGGUGUCUGUGGCACCAGAUUCAGAUUGUUUACCUGUUGUAACUAGCGAUAACACGUGUAAUGUUGUAAAGGUGGUGGGGUAUAUCAGACUUGGGAUGCAGAUGUCGUUCAUGUUUAAUGGUAUAUAACACAACUUCAAUCUAGUAUGAUAGUACACACAUGUGAAUAUUCAUUUUUUUGACAUAGAUUGCGGGUCGCUAAGUAAUAUGUCUCAGUAUUUUGUUCGUUUGAAGUAAACAAUAAUCAUGUGCCGAGCGAUACUUUAUGGGAGAAAAUGUCGUUUCUUAAAGUAUGUUUUCAUCAUAAAUUUAUUCGGGAUAAUUUUGUGGUUUUUGAGCACCAAUAAAAUUCUUAAAAGCGGACAAGUGUUUGAAGAAAGUCUGCAGAUUGGUCCUCAGGGACCCAAAAUAUUGAAAGUUAUAAAAAGUAAUCCAUCACAUUCCAGUCCUCUUAAAAGAUACACCAAUAUGCUAGAAAAAUAUAACGAGUCAUUUGCAUCAAAGUCUUACACAUCUGAAGAAUAUGAAAAUAUGAUUCAAGAGGAUGAAGCUUACAUUAUACCUGGUCUUGGAGAUGGAGGAGUGGCAGUUGAACUUGAUAGUGAAGAAGCUGCCCUUGCCCAAAAAUUAAUGAAGAAAGAAGCAUUUAACAUAAUAUUGAGUGAUAAAAUACCUUAUAAUCGAAAGACUCCUGAUUCACGCAAUCCAUUAUGCAAAAGGCGGAAAUAUGAUGAAGAUUUACCAAAUGCUAGUGUUGUAAUCAUCUUCAAUAAUGAAGCAUGGAGUCCUUUAAUCAGAACAGUCUACAGUGUUAUAAAUGGCUCACCAAAGCACCUUUUAAAGGAAAUAAUACUUGUUGAUGACAAAAGUGAUAGAGCUGUUCUCCAGGGGAAACUGGAAUAUUACAUACGCACUCGAUUUCCAUCACUAGUACGUCUUGUACGAUUACCAGAGCGAUCAGGUUUAAUCCGAGCUCGUUUAGCUGGAGCACGUGCUGCAACUGGUGAUGUGUUGAUCUUCUUGGAUUCUCACUGUGAAGUAGUGGAAGAUUGGUUGAGACCUCUACUUCAGAGAAUUAAGGAAAAGCGAACUGCUGUUUUGGUUCCUAUAAUCGAUGUUAUUGAUGACCAGACCUUUGAAUAUUCUUAUAGUAAAAGUGCCCCUGAGUUUUUCCAAAUUGGUGGCUUUACUUGGAGUGGUCAUUUCACGUGGUUCAACAUCCCUCCUGAAGAAGAGAAACGUCGUCAGUCACCUGUAGCUCCCACUAGGUCACCUACUAUGGCUGGUGGUCUCUUUGCCAUUGACAGAAAUUAUUUCUGGGAAAUUGGAUCCUAUGAUGAGCAAAUGGAUGUUUGGGGUGGAGAGAAUUUGGAAAUGUCAUUCAGAGUAUGGCAGUGCGGUGGUUCACUGGAGACGAUUCCUUGUUCCCGAGUGGGCCAUAUUUUUCGUGACUUUCAUCCAUACAAGUUUCCAGGAGGUAAAGAUACCCAUGGUAUUAAUACUGCUCGUCUUGUUGAGGUGUGGAUGGAUUCCUAUAAACGCCUCUUCUAUAUGCAUCGGCCUGAUUUAUUGAAUAUAGACAUUGGAGAUAUUAGUGAUAGGAAAGAACUGCGUGAACGAUUGAAAUGCAAAAGUUUCAAGUGGUAUCUGGAAAACAUCUACCCCCAAAAGUUCAUAUUGGAUGAAAAUGUCCAGGCGUAUGGUCGAGUGAGAAAUAACUUAAACCUCUGCCUGGACCAUUUGCAGCGAUCAAGCAAGUCUCAGUAUGAUCUGGGAAUUUAUUCAUGUCAUACAGCCCUCACUGCCAGUCAGUAUUUUUCAUUGAGCAAAACUGGAGAGCUUCGCCGUGAAGAAAAUUGUGCUGAAGUUCAAAGAGAAAAGUCACCACCAUAUCAACAUAAAGUUGUGAUGUAUAAGUGCCAUGGACUGCGCGGAAACCAAGAAUGGAAAAUUUCUCCUGUAAAGCAGAUGGUCAACCAGCAAACAGGACUGUGCUUGGAAUCCGCAUCCCUAACAUCAGGCAGUGAUCUAUAUGUAGCUGCUUGUUCCGAAAGUUCCUCUCAACAGUGGCAUUGGGACCAUAUGUUGAUUACAGCUUCUUAGCAUAAGAGUUUAAACACUCGUGGAUAUAAAAUAUAUCUGCUUAAACAUUUCUAAAAGAAUUGUUGCAGUCUACAAUUGCCUUUAUGAAAGUGUUCAGGAUACACUGUUCUUAUUCUUUUUAUUUAUAAAAGGUGUUAUAUUGAAUACAUCCAAUAUAUUAAUUUGAAACGUAUAUUUACCAUAAAAAAUUAUUGGAUUUUCCAGAUUUGCGUUGUUUUGACAUUUCUAACUCAAGGUUUUUGAUUUUCUACUCAAAUUAUGUUUUAAUUCUGCUGCUGAACAAACCUUUCUGUGUGUACAUAAAAUCUAACAUGUUUAGAUCACACAGGCAUUUAAUGUGUAGCAAGACUAGAAUCAACGUAAUGUUUUUGUUAGUCGAGUUUAAAAAUCAUCCACUUAAUUAUUAAAGUCAUUAUUUCUUUAAUUACUUUGUAGAUUUAAUCUGAAGAGACCUGAAGAAUGUUAAUUACUACUGUAUUUAAAUUCAUUAUUCUGAAUGCAUAUAGUCAUGUUGUUUUGUGUUUAUAACAGGCCGUAAAAAAUUGGGUGUCUAUCUAUCUGUUUGCUCACAGCACUCGACUCCGUCAAUAGACAACCAACUCUACAGAAUCUGUCAGUGAGGUGGCCCUGGUUGUGGCAAUGGCCAACAUAAUUUACCUCUCUGGAGAAAAAUGCUUUGCCAACAUCUAUGUACUUCUGACUCUGACGACAUUAUUCUGACCAACAUGUAUUAAAGUCUUGUUUGCGUUAGAAAUUUCUCUUAAUAAUUGUUCCUGAAAAUCUUUUAUUGUGUGUGUGGAUUGUGUUUGUGUAUUCUGUCCAAUAGCUAACACCCCUCAAAAAAUCUAACAGCAACAUCUCACCAGCCAGAGACCACAAAUUAGUGUAAAAUGUUUUGGCCCUUUCCAACAUGUCUAUGACAAAGAAAAUGAAAAAUCUCCCAUGCCAACACAUCAGGAGAUCACACAGGGCCACAACUGAGUGAUUGACAGCCAGAAACAUCUGUCCAUGCUCUGCAGAGGUGUUAAGUAGAUGCAUUAUAUUUUAGAAAUUCAUUAGUUUAACUAAUAAUUGAAAAGCUCAAUGAAAAAAAAUCUGUUAUCCCUAAUUUCAUAGGCUAACAAAUAAAAUAUUUUGUGUUUUAUUUCAUGAUACUGCAUAAUGCAUUAAAAUUUUGUAAUAUUAUUGUUACAUGCUCAGUAGUUUAUGGAACUUUUUACCACACCAGUUAUUUCUCUUGUGUAACAACAGACAUACCUGUUCUUUUAUAUGUAUGUGAAACAUACUUUAACCUUUAACACUUUGGAAUUUUCUAAAGGACAACUUAAAAUGUUUGUUACUCCAGUUGGAAUUAACAGUAAUGUUUUUCAGCAGCUGUUCCAUUGAUAUGUGUCAUGUUAAACACUGUUUAAGAAUGUUUAUCACCCUUACUCUUUCUGAAAAUUUGCAAUACUCCAUUAUAUUACAUAUGUUAGAGUAUUGAAAUUUUUUUUAUAUUGUGCACUUACCAUCACAGUUUAAACAGAGUGAACAUCUUAAAACUAAAAAUACCUUAAAAUUAGAUGAGUGUUUUCUGUGUUUAUGUAUCGUGAAAUUAUUAGUAAACGGGAAAGUUGCUUUUUGUGUAAGAAAUAUCUGUGAUAAUUAUGAAAGUUCAAUGAAUAUUGACUAAUAAUAAUAAUAAUAAUAAUAAUAAUAAUAAUAAUAAUAAUAAAGGGCAUUAGAUUUAUCUUGAAAAGACACAUCAAAAUAUCCUAGUAUUAGAUUUAUCUUGAAAAGACUCAUCAAAAUAUCCUUUUGCAAUGCUAAUGAGUGAUAAAAGACAAUAUUUCUUUGCUUUUCCUCAGUUUUUACGAUAAGGUAGAUUUUUCAUUUUUCCACCAAAAGUUCUCUAUAAUUCAGUUCAGUUUAGCAGUCAAAGGCAUAUAAAAUAAAUUAAGAAUUACGCAAAAGAUGUUUCUCUGGGAUUAAAAUGACCCUUUUAUCGAUUUAUUGUAUUUGGUUUUGAAAUUUUGUGGGAGUAUGAAGUUAUUUCUCUGAGCCCCUCAAUUUUGGAUGAUACCUUGUUUCCUGUAACACUAAGGUCGUUGAUCUAGAAUACCCUGUUAACCAUAAUGGAAGGUCAGGGUGGCUGCUUUCAUGCUGCCGAGAAAAAACAGGAAAUUUCAUUGCUCUGGAAAAAUCAUGAAAUUUGUGGAAGAAUCGUUCAAAGUAAGGACAAAUUUUAAGAUGGUUAUGAAACUAGACGAGCCUCACUGCCCUGAAGAAGCCUGCGACAUGUCAGGCGAAACGUCGGCACCCCAGCCAACGACGCGGCAUCUCCCGGAUAGCCGAGAAUUUAUUUAGCAUUGUCAGCAAGUUCACCUCUGAUAGUAAUAUUUCUUGUUCUCUCCUGGUUGUGCUCACUAAUAAGAGUUCUAGUAAGUUCUAUAUAAGAACUCCAUUUCUAUUGCUGUGCUUUUUAUAUUAGUAUUACUUGGCAAGCUUUCCAUUCCGUGUAUAAAAGUUGGUGUACAUAUAGAACUGUAUAUCUGUAAUUUUAUUUUUGUGCUAACAUACAUGUGUAGAAAAUUUUUACUUAUUUGCUAGGACACAGAGUUUGCCUUCUUGAUUCUAUUGUUCAUAUCAUCCCCUGAUGUUAUUGUACCCUUGUACUGGUAGCUAGUGUCUCUCCAGGUGAUCCUCUUUUGUUCCCUUCUUUACAUAUGCACAUAAUAUUACUCUUAUUUGUAUUCAUAUUCAACUCUAUCUUCCUGUGCAUGUCCCCACUCUUGGACCAUCUCCUGCAAUUCCUCUGAGCUUCUUGCAUUGAGUGCCUCUGUGUAUAUUAGUGACUGCAUCCAUAAUGGCCGCAUCCUCCAAAUUCGUACUUUACACGUCUUAGUAGUCCUUUUUGUCUGUUUAACUAUUUUGUCCAUAAAUAUAAUAAAUAAAGUGAGCUUAAAGAUACCCCUUACCUUCGAGUAGCAUAAAUGUUCUGUAUAUGCUUUUGAUGGCUUCUACCAAUUUGAUUGCCUUUUGUAUUGUUGCCCAUAAUUCUUUCCUUGAUACAGUAUUGAAAGCUGAAUUCAGAUCUAUGAAAACAACAAAUACAUUUUUCUCCUAUUUAUUAUUUUCUCUAUGAUGGUUUGUUGGAUACAGAUAUGAUCUUGUGUUUGUCUAUAUGGUCAAAAAGCACUUAGCUCUGCUUCCAUAUCUUCUUGUUCUACCCUUCUCAGUUUAGCUUUCACAGUCCUUGAAUAAACUUUGCUCAUGAGUGAUGAAAGACAGAUGGCUCUAUAAUUCUCCCAUUUCACGAUACUUCCUCUUUUGUGUAUAGAUACUAUUAUGUUUUCUUAUGAUAUUAAGAUAUCAGGAAUUAGGUGAUUCUGUGAGUGAUCUAAUGAUGUUGUUAUUAGUUAAGAAACUAAAAAUUUGAAAUUGAAUCUUACUAUUCUUUGGGCACUUUUUGUUUGAUAUUUUUUUCAGUUGUGAUGUUGAAGAUUCCUAUUACACUGUUGUUAGAAUGGCCUUAGCAAGGAUUUUGCUCUUUUAGUUUUGAAAAUAUCUUGAAAAAUGAAAAAACCUUAACACAUUCCCUGUCCCCACGAAAACAUCAAAAUAUAUCCACAUGUCCAAAUGACUUUAUAGUAAUAAUAAUUUUUUUAUAAUUUUCUCAAAAAUUAAAUUUUUCACACAUCUGAGUGCAUUUCAAAAUUCUAUGACCGUCCUAGCAAGUUCAAAUCAAAAUCUCUGCAGCUAUGACAAGUUUUGUGGAAAUAUUGGAGAGGUUGUAAACAUUCGUGACUCACAUGUGGUGUUACAGUUUGUGAACCACAUAUGGCUCAGAGGACAGUGAACAUGUUAAUUAAAGCUCUUAACUCUUGUUUAAUAAUGAUGCCUAUGAGAAUGCCCUUUUAAAAAAUAUUUGUUUUCAGACAGUUUUGCUGUUGUUGUUAUUAUUAUUAUUUUUAUUAUUAUUAUUAGCCAUUUUCUAUUGUUUUAGGAUGUUCACUUCUUUCCCAAUUGUGGGGUAAGUCAAUUAUGAAAAGGAAGGUAUAGAACUUAACUGACAUCACAGUCUGGAUAGGGGGACUGUCACUGGCAUAUUAGGUGUUGCCAUAAUCAGAACAGCUGCCAAUUCUGGUGAUUAUUUAUUUUAAUUUUACACAGAAUAAGAUUCACCUUUUUGUUUGGUAUGAAGCUUGUAAACAGUUUUGUCAAUGCCAACAAAAUUAGAAACAUUUUUAUAGUCAUAUUUUAGCUCUGUCAUUAUUUACAAGUCUCAUCGACUUGUUUAGAGAAAAUAUGUGAAAUACACAAAGUAGAUUUCUUAGCAGUUCCAAACAAUUAUACAAUUCAAUUGAUAUUUAAAUAAAAUACGUAAUAUUCUUAUAUAAACCAUUUUUCAACAAAAGAUCCAAAAUUCUUUUACAUUUUGUAAAAAGUUAUGAUCAUAUUAAGAAGCAGAUUUAGUGCUAAAAGGAUCUUUUCCUUACUAAGGGCCAGUGUGUGUGUGAAGUCACUUGCUCAAAUAACAGUAUAUGAGUACAGUAAAAUCCGUCAAAACUGGAAUAGGUUGGGACAAAAAAAAUUCAGUUUAGAGAGCUUUCCAUUUUAUGCAAGGUUGUUCAUUUUAUGACACAUGAUAUUGAUAGUUCUGCCCUGGAAGUAGUCAAUAACUGACUGAAGUACAUGACUUUAUUAUAAUUAUCAAAAUACAUUAACAUAUAAUGUAUUUAUGGAAGAAAUCACCAAUAAAUGAAUGUUUAACACUGGAUGUAUUUAGACUGACUCUUUCAAAGCAUCUAGUGGACAACUUAUGAUUUUCACGGGGCAUAGAGAUGCAUGAAUAAAAGCAAUGCCCAUACACCUUCCCACACUCAAAGAGUCGGGAGAGAGGGAAUUCCCCGAAGUUCUAUGCCUCGAGAGACAAAUGGCGUCAAGAUCGAAUUCUAAGCUGAUAGUUAAAGCCUUUCUCCUUUAAUGUCCGGCUCCCACUACUAAAUCGCGUGUCACAGGCAUAGAAUUUUAAACAGGUUAGCAGAUGCAUUCAUUUCAUUAAGAACAUUUUACGUCUCUUUGCCAAUUGCAUUAAAUUCAAAGGAAUCCCAUUUUGUAAAGAUUUUUUUCCUAGCAAGAUAUGAAAAACCGUUCCAUGUCCGCAUUGGAGAGGUUCCGUUUUAUGUUGUGUAAAAUGCCAUUUCACUUCACGGGCCAGGAAAAAUUUCCAGCUAAGGCAGGUUUACGGCUUGUACAGGUUCCGGUUUAGACAUAUUUUACUGUAUAUGUUUGACUACUGGAACUUAAACAGUUCAAAUUUAAUCAGUUUCAUAAUUAACCCUUUGGACUUCUAACUCUUCAGGGCCUGCUUUUAUAUCAGCUCUUUAUUUAAAUCCUGAUGCGCUACCACAAUGCAUUAGCAGUUUCUAUGUUUUAGUGCAAACAUGAUAAGGCAUUUUGGUUAAGAAAAAAUAAAAACAUUUUGUCCACAUCACCACACUUUUAACCAGUUUAAGUGUUCAGUAGACAGUUUUAACCGAAGUGACACAACAAUAACCACAAUAGACUUUUGCCUUAUUCACCCUCAAUGUUCUUGAAUCGCGCCUUUUGUUCUCAACUAAAUUCUGGAGGAGCUGGUAUCAAACUAGGGUUUCCUGCUUGCUUUGUUGGCUCUGAAGCCGAUGUGCUAUUGUAACAAGAUUGGGAAGGCAUGUAUUUGAUUUAUAUCAACAUAACUUAAGCCAAUUAUUAGCCUAAUGAACUGUCUAACAAUGUGAAAUUGUACAGUGAAUGUGAUAGAAAUCUACCAAUUGUUUACUUAAAAAGUUCUGCCCUCCCUGUUGAAUUUAACAUGAAUUCAGAGCACAGAAAAUAAUGAAAAACGUCUGGAGUUGGGACUCAACAUUGGAGCAGAAGACAAUGUUUUCAAUGUGAAGUCUCACUCAACAUGGGGGAGCAAAAGGUUAGACUGCCAUUAGUGGUAUUUACAAUUGAGCAUUGUACAAUUAUAGUUAUUUGAGGAAUGAGAAACAGAACAUUACAGUAUUUCUAUGGGAGUCUAUGUGUAAAGUACUUGAUUGUUUAACACUCUCAUUAAUUUUAAUGAAUUAAUCAGUGUAUUGCCAAAGGCACAUGCACAAAUGUGUUGGGAAAAUUGUUAAAUACAAAACUAGCAUGAUCAUAGAAUGAACUUAUGGUUUUAAUUCUUGCCAGUGUACUUUUGAAUUGUUUGUAAUUAAUUUAUGCAGAGUAAUUGGAAAACAACGAUGCUGAAUGUAGUUGAAAGUGUUCAGUGAUCAAACAUAUAACUUUUUUAUUCAUUGUAGCUCCCUUCCUUUGCCACCCAAGUAGCAAUCAUACAGUCUGUCUCCGUCUCUUUUAGCAACCACCAUACCUCUUUUAGUAUCAUUUUUAGAUUGACUAAAUCUGCUUAAUGUUCCACAAUAAUAAUUGAGAUUUUUAUUUGUAUUUAAAUGGCUAUUCGUAAGAUUUCUGGAACAGUAUUUAUGACCUUUUCUUGUGUUUUUUAUAAGGCCACUUGCUUAGUUUGAGGGUGCUUGAGGGAAGAAUAAAAAUUUAAUUAGAUGUAAGUUGUAGGAUUAAGUCAUUCUUUAAGGUGAAUUUUUGUGUGCUUAAAUUCAC